CUACCAGCAAAGAAAGUCAUUGCGUGCAUGUCAGCACUAUCAGUCUUCCACAUGAUGUGACUGCAGGUCAUCUCAGGGUUACCUAACCACCAUCUCUGAGCUCAUGGAGAGAUACAAUCACCACAUGACCGACCCCACAGUAUGACCCCUGGGCCUAAAGACGUUUGCCAAAUCCAUAGACCGUCUUAAUCCUGUAGAUGGAUUAGAGCGAUAUUCUGAUCCUAUGCCGGUGAGACGGACCGACGUAGGUUCAUUCACUCAACCAAUCAGAAUGAGCCGCAGUCGGUUAAUGCCACUGUGUACGCGUACUUGUGCGAGUUCUGUCUUGUACUCUCAUCUAUUCAAGCACAGCAGACAAGAGAGGAGGACAACACUUGGACGGUCAUCCUGAACCUUCCAAAAUACAUUUCAUCCAGAUACCUGUUCAACCAUCUUCCAGGAUGUUCUCCCAAUAUAAAAUCAUCAUGUUGAUGAACUGCCUGCUACUUCUGACUGUGAUGUUUCCUGCGGUCCAGUCACGUCGGGGCGGGGGCUUUGGCCGUGGGGGAGGCCGAGGUGGAGGAUGGGGCGGAAGCAGCUCUGGUCGCACGGGGUGGGGAGGAGGCGGUGGACAUUACCGUGCCCCACCAGUCCAUACUGGAGGCUCCUCGGGACACAGUGCUGGGAAGGUAGCAGGGGCGGCCGCCGCCGGAGCUCUAGGGGGAAUGCUGGUCGGACACGGCUUGAGCUCCAUGGCCCGACCUGGAUAUGGGUACGGGCAUGGGUAUGGAGGAUAUGGAGGCUACGGUGCGGGGUAUGGGCAUGGGCACGGACACGAAGGACAUGGUGGUGAGCAUUCAGGAGAUCAUGUUCACAACGAGACAGAUGUGGAUUAUUACACAGAUGCUGCCAGUUCUGGACCUAUUUAUAGCUGUGUGACAGUUUUUGGACUCGUGAUGUCAUUCUUACUUGGGUACGUUCUGUCAUAAAGGACACUUUGGCACUUGGCAUGGGUCAGUCUUGGGCACUUUCUUGAAUCUGUCACUUCUUUCGAUACAAAAAUAAUCUAACAAAAUAAAAAAUGUGUGACAGAUGCAGCAAUAAAACCAUGGGAGUAAAAUGAAAAGCAAUUAAACCACUAUAAAGGGUUUCAUUACACCUGAGGCCUCUGUGCAUGAUCUCUGCCAAAGUUUUGUUAAAUUGACAGCAGAAAAUAAGGUUACAUUUGCUUGAUUGGCGUUUUGAGCAAGUUCUGUUUCCAAUGUUUCCUCAGUGUUUGUUUGUUUUUUUUUUAGCUCUGAAGCGAGCGUUAUGAUGAGCAUAUGCCUGAGUCAGAAGCCUGUCAUUUUGUUUUCCCAGAUUGAUGGUUUUUAUGAAUGAAUAAUGUAGAUUUUUUUCACGAUUUAGUUAAUCUGAAUAAUGGAAUUUUGUAUCAU